AUGCUUCUUACCUUGCAAGAUGCCAUCUGGCCUCUUCUGAUUAUUGGAUUUUUCCACGUAGCAAGAUACGUCUACAAUGUCAUCCAUCUUGCUUACAUCGGUCCACUUUGCAAAAUUCCUGGACCAAAGCUUUAUUUUUUGUCAAGAAAAUUGGCUUCGAGUAAACAAGCAAAAGGAAUGAGAUGGAAGUGGAUACAAUAUGAAUUGUUCCCAAAGUAUGGACCGUUUGUUCGUAUCGCGCCCAGAGCUGUUUUGAUUGCAGACAAGGAUGCUAUAAAACAGAUUUUGGUGACCAACGAAUUACCCAAAAAUGAUAAAUAUUUGCAACUAGAACUUAACUCGACAACUCUGUUAACAGCCAGGACAUGGCAUAAACAACGCCGCAGGAUGCUUUCUCCGGCAUUUUCGAUCAAAUACUUGACAUCUAUUGAACCACUAAUUCAUUCGGUCUUUGAAGAUUUAAUAGAAAAGAUGGAACAAUCAAUUGCGUCGGUUGGAAACUUGGAUUGUGCCGUCAUAAAUUUUGUUAAAAUAAUUCAGGCGUGUACUAUGGACAUUAUUGGCGAAACGGCAUUCGGUAGUUCUUUUAAGACUAUAAUGAACGGAGACCAUUUGCUGACGCAAAAGGUCUUUGAGGAAAGGCGUAGGAGGAAUCUGGUCGGAAUGUUUCCGAUAUUGAAAUACUUCAUGAAACUAGAUCCCUAUGUCGAAAAUUUUGCAAAUAAUUUAAUGGAAGGUCGUCGAAACGGAUCCAGGCGACAAGAUUUAUUACAAACUAUCUUAGAUGCUCAGCAUGAAGAUGGAGGGAUGACAGAUAUUGAAAUUUGUGAUCAGAUAAUAGAAUUCAUAUUUGCCGGCAGUGAUACUACAAGUUUUACCACCACAAUGGUGUUUGCUAUGUUAGUUGAGAAUCCAGAGGUUAUGAAAAAGCUUACUGAAGAACUAGACGAAGCGUUGAAAGACGAUGAGUCUGGAAAAUUUCCAUCACACGGAAAGUUAAAAGACCUAACAUACUUAAAUUGCGUGGUAAACGAAACCUUGAGGCUUCAUCCAAUUAGUCACGAUGCUGGUCCAGGAAAAGUAACCACAGAAGACACAGUCCUUGGCGGAUAUUUAAUUCCUAAAGGGACAAUGUUGGGUGCAAAUAUAUUUCAACUACACCAUUCCGCAAAAUAUUGGGGCGAAGAUGUCAACGAAUUUAAACCGGAACGUUGGUUAAAUCCCGAUAAAAUUCCGAAAGACUGCUUCAUCCCUUUCUCGGCUGGCACUCGCAAUUGCAUUGGAAACAAUUUUGCCCUGAUGGUGAUACGCUUGUUGGUAUCUACAUUGUUGGCGAGGUAUCGACUUGAAGAAAUUCCAGGUCAGGAUAAAGACGUGGUACAAUUCUUUACGCCAAAUUUUAAAACCAAGCGUUAUGAUAUUAAAGUUUGGAAGAGAUAA